CGUGGUUGAAAAGCCCGCGAAAGCUCAUGAAUAAUAACCCAGCACCUACUGAAUAUGCAGAUAAGGCGGGCCCUCUUCUUGAACGAAUUGCGGCACCAUGACAUUGGCCAUAUGGAAGCUCAAUAAGUAAUUCACGCAGGAAAGCGAAAGAGAACGGUAAUGAAACGCCUGACAAACCUGGGGACAUGCGGCCCGAUCCUAUGCAUGUUUAACCGGGACUCGCAGUGUUUGUAACUGGGUUUACUUCGAAUUUAAACAUGCGCAGCGGCCAGCGUUGGACUUCUAAACAUGCAUAGAUUUGCUCCCUUCAAGUAUCGGGCGCUUUAGCCUGUUGAUUUGCAUCGGGGUUUACAUGAAGAUAAUUCUGCAGAUAACUGACAAGUUGUUUCGGUGUGAGGAGAAAAAGAAAAGGAAACUGGACAGUGGCAUAAUGAAGUCUCUGGUGAUGUUCUCCACGUAUGACAACCUCACCACUUUGCCUCCUGCCACCACAUUAGUAACUGCAUUGGACAAUGUGACUUCUGCACCCUUGACAACUGUACAGUUUUUUAACGACACCAACAUUACUGCUCCACACAAGUGCUUGUUGUUGUUGUAUGAAGAUAUUGGAACAUCCAGGGUCCGUUACUGGGAUCUUUUGCUGUUGGCUCCCAAUGUGCUUUUCCUUGUGUUUCUCCUUUGGAAGCUGCCCUCUGCCAGGGCAAAAAUCCAUGCUACAUCCAGUCCAAUCUUCACCACCUUCUAUGUACUAGUGUUUGUGGUCGCUGUAGUCGGGAUUGCUCGGGCUGUUGUCUCCAUGACGGUCAGCGCCUCAACAGUUGCAACAGUUACUGACAAGAUCCUGUGGGAAAUCACAAGAUUCUUCCUCCUGGCCAUUGAACUGAGUGUGGUGAUCCUUGGACUGGCUUUUGGUCAUUUGGAAAGCAAAUCCAGUGUGAAGCGUGUGCUAGCCAUCACCACAGUUCUGUCCCUGGCCUACUCUGUCACUCAGGGAAUACUGGAAAUCAAGUACCCUGAUGCCAGACUCUCAGCAGAAGACUUCAAUAUCUAUGGCCAUGGUGGGCGACACUUCUGGCUUGCAAGCUCCUGUUUCUUCUUUCUGGUUUAUUCUUUGGUGGUGAUUCUUCCAAAAACUCCCUUGAAGGACCGUAUUUCUCUGCCAUCAAGGAAGAGUUUCUACGUCUAUGCUGGAAUUCUUGCUGUGCUGAACCUGGUGCAGGGCCUGGGCAGUGCUCUCCUCUGUGCAAACAUCAUAGAAGGGUUGUGCUGUGUCGACGCCACAACUUUUCUCUACUUCAGCUUCUUUGCACCGCUCAUUUAUGUGGCAUUCUUGAAAAGCUUCUUUGGGUCUGAGCCAAAGAUCCUCUUCUCCUAUAAGUGCCAGGUGGAUGAAUCUGAGGAUGUUGAUGUGCACCUCCCGCAUGCCUAUGGUGUGGCCAAGAAAGAAGGUGUGGAUUCCAGCUUCUAUUCCAGUACCCAGAUCGACACCACAGCAUACCUGGAUGAUAUUGCUUCCAUGCCCUACCAUGUGGGCAGCAUCAACAGUGUGGACAGUGACCGCUGGAAAGCCAUCAAUUCCUAAGGCAAACCCGGUUCCCUUUUUUUUUUUUUGAAGAAAGCAUCUCUCUUGGACUCCUGAGCUUUGUCACACGUUUGCCCUUGGAAUUCUUUAAAGUGUUGUCCUUUUUUCCUUUGAGGAUUUUAAAUAUAUAUAUCCACACAGACAUCCAGCAUGGAAGAAGAAUCAGCUACAGUGGCCUUCCCAGAAGCCAGGUCUUGUGUUCAUGCCAGAAAAAGCCCAGGCCAGCUUUAUUUCAAAAUGCAUAAAUAUUAAAUCUUUCGUAUUGAACAUUCUAAAUACAUGUAAUUAGAUAUGACGGCAACCUUUUAUUGAAGGUGAAACGUGCGUACAGCCUGGAGUUCUUGACUCUUCAACUGAACAUAAAGCUGGACAAGUUUUUCAUGUUUCACUUGGCUUUAUUCCUGAAUGUUCAUGUUCUUGCCAAGACUAAGCCCCCCCUCCCCCCCGUCCCCCCGCAGAAUGCUGUUUGGAAAAUAAGUCAGGGGAUGAUGAGACUGAUCCCUAGAUCUCCGGCAGAGGCAGUUGGGUGGGAUUUGUGACACAGGAAAACUUUGGAUGCUGUUUAUGGAAAGAUUUGCUAAGUAUUCCCAUAAUUCAUCCCGGGGGAGGAGCGUUUUUGUGUGCGUGUGCAUAAUAAAUAUAUAUUUAUAAUAUACAUCCUGGAUAUUGCAAAAGAGGAAAAGCAGCCAGCAGGGAAAGCUGUCCACGGAGCUUGUUGCUGUGCAGUUGAAUCUGUGUGAUUGGUAGAUGGGCAGCCAUGGAUUUUGUACGCUGAAUUGGGGUUGUGUUUAAAGGUAAAACUUAGCCAAGAGAGACUUCUAGAGAAGUGAUUUGCAGUUUAAUGCUGGCUGAACUCCAGAGCCAGUGGGACUAGAAAGGGAAGAGUUGGCUAAAACUCUCCAGCUCCAAAAGUGCUCCAAAGUACUGGAUGAGUGGAAGUAUGCUGGUAAGCCACGCAUUGAAAUGUUGUCAUUGAUGAUAGGAUUGACAACUAAGUGAAAUACAGAACUGCAAUAAUGUGGAUUCCAAAGCUGGAAGCAUGCUGUUUUGUGGGUGCUCUGUUUCUUCUUUCUAGGCUUCUACUGCAAAGUAUAGAUGAAACUUCCUUGAACUUGGCUUGAGGUUCUCGUUGUAUGUGUUUUGCUCAAAUCUGACUAGCCUUUUCCACAGCCUACAGUUCCAAGUAGCUGACUGUUUCCUUGGCAGUCAAGGUAAUCAGUAACCUGAGGCUUGUCUGUGAGAUCAGUGACAUGAAAGAGGGUUAUUCUCCAGUAAUAAUGGAGAUGUUCUUGAUUCCAUACAGGAAACAAGAGAAAUCGGGAGUAGAGGAACCCUAGUCCCUGAUUCUGAAGGAUAUCUGUAUAGGAAUGCCUGGCUUUCAUCACCAUGUUCCCUCAUUGUGUAAAUAAGCAAAAGAUGAAGAAGAGGAAAGGAACGCUUACCCUUGGGUGUAAUAGGGGUAUAUUUGUUUGAUCUGAAGUGGCCUAGGGGGCAAGUGGUGACACAGUUAAUUUUACAGUUCCUGGAAUUGAGAGUGCCUGAUGCUGAAGAAGCAAGAUUACCUGAGGAACACUCACAAAUUUCUCAUUUGCUGUUGCAGCUGCUAAUAUUUGGAAUUGGUUAGCACUAUAAAUAUUCAAUUCCGAUAUAUAUAUAUAUAUGUUUUGGAUAAGUUAAUGCAAAUGCAGAGGAUUAUUGCAGUCACCAUAUUUGCUGCUGCCCCAAUUUGGCCUUUAGUAAAUGGUGACUUCUGAAAUGGUGUUACUCAUUUAGGCUUACUGGUUUUAGAGAUGUCACCUCUUGGGUGAGGUGUUUUUUAGGCUUUUGCUGUGUGUGUUCAUUAAGUACUUGGCAGGGAUGGUCGGGCCUACCCACUGUCUGUCUCUGACUCAUGUACAUACUUACACACCCUCUAUAAUGCAGUGGAUAGAAGGCAGAACUUGGCAAUGGGGCAGUCAUGGGAGAUGUGAUGUGGGUUGGUUGUUAUCCAACCAUGUGUUCAGAUGUGCCUGUCCCUUUUAUAAUGUCUUGUCAUCCUGAAAUGAGCCAGUUCUUUCCAUUGACCACAAGGCACUAGAUGGGGAAGAGUUCUACCGUUUAAAGUAUUUUUUCCUAUCCCUAUUCAACUGGAAUUAUAGAUUCUUCCCUUGAGUAAGGAGGUUCAUAUAUCUUGGGGAAAUGCUGGUAACCAGACAGUGUAGGGAUCCUUAGCAUCAAAACACAAUGUCCUUGGCUUUCUUACAUUUCUUCAAGGAAUGUUUAUAUAUGCCUCUUCCUUCAAUCUAUAGAAAAUACAAAGUACUCCAACUAUAAAGAUAGAUUCCUUCAGCGAUGUGAAUUGGAAUGAGUCUGAAUUUGGGCCAUAGUUUGCCAACCAUGGUGUGUCAAAUGAUGACCUAUCAUUGGAACUGUGUUUGGUUCUUCCACUGUAUUGGCCCAAUCCUAUUGAGGCGGGGGCAGGCAGAACAGGCUGAAGGAGGUGACUGGCAUAAGAGGCACUCUCUCACCAACUGACAGAGCAAAGGCACUGGUGGCCAGACCCUCCUUAGCACUGUGGGCAGGAGUGUUCCCAGGGAUUUAGGACCUGGGAUUUAGGGUCAGGAAUGCAACAGCUGAGGCCAUGGAACUGGUAUAACUUCAUGUAGUCCUAUGGAGGGUUUUCAGGUGGCUGGGGUUUUUUAGCUGCCUCCACGCCCCCCCCCCCCCCCAUCUGCCUGAAAGCCCUCUGGAGGCAACGGGGCAGAGCAGCAGCAGCACCAUCCCCAGUCACUGGAGGCUUUUGGAUUGGGCUGCCUGUCUCUUUUUGCCUCCUCUUAAACUUCAGUAUGUACAAUGUAUGUUGUCUGUCUCUGCUGCUAAGGAGUUUCUGCACUAAGUGGAGGAAUUGUCUCCGUCCAAGCAUUGAGGUUUAUAUGGGUAUAUAAAAAAUGCCUCCCAUGGCCCAGCAUGCAAUUUGAUUCGUGAGCAGGCAUGAGUGAAUGUGUGUGAAUAUGCUGUGUGUUCUGUGUGAUGGGAGGGGAUUGAAAAUAGAAUAAUGUAUAUUUUUGUCUGUAAAAUAAAUGAACUUUGACAUAAA